CUUCACUCCAUCAUUUCUCUUCGCACGAUGAGCAAUCUCAAUUUGAAUCCUUUGGAAAUUCCAGAUAUUGUUUCGCUUAUCAGUGAUUUCCUAGAACAAAAAGACCUCUUGUCUUGUAUUCGUGUCUCCAAGGUUUUUCAUAAUACACUUGUCAAAUCCAUCUGGAAACAGAUCAUUAUUAAAUGCGAUUCAAGAAAUCCUACUGUUGAGGCACUGCAGAACUACAAGAAAUACAUUGAAGCGCUUGUGUUUCUUCAUACGUUUCCACAGGAGUACACAGCAUUGCAAGGCUGUAGUCGUCUUCGAUCCAUCGAAUGUAUAGCCGGAAUAUCAUACAAUCCCUGUCAUGUUUCCAACUUAAUCAAGUCUCACAGUUGCACAAUCACUGAGCUUACGCUCUACUACGUUGAGGAUUUACGGGAGAUAUGGGGAACAUUCCUAGAAUGCACUCAUCUACAAGCCUUGACUAUCCAUGGAGCAUAUAUACCCGAAGAUGAAGUCAGUCUGUUCUUUCAAGUCUGCAAGGGACUCAGGUGUCUAGACUUGGUUAGAGUAAACAUCGAUCAACUACCUUUCGAUUUCAUGAACAACGACACGGACAUGAGUAUUUUCCCAAAUAUGAACACACUUGGUCUUCAGGAUGUCCAAAUUCUUUCCCCCCCACAUCCGCACACAGGAUCGUAUUGCCUCGGCAUGUUGACUAAGAGGUGUCCAAGGUUACGUUCAUUGAGUUUUUAUGAUAUCAUUGGGUCCACUGAAUCAUCGCAACAAAUCCAUACUGAGUUCUACAGAACAGUAUUCCUUGACCACCCCUUCACUCUGACAGACCUAUCAGAUCUGUCGAUGCAUUUCGGAAGGAUAAAGGACAAAGAUAUGGCGGCACUUCUCAGACAGAUGACUGAACUGAGGCGGUUAGUUGCCCAGUUUUGUGAGUUUGGUCCACUUUCUAUUCGAGAACUGCUAGCAGACGAGCAGGAGAUUCAGAAGAACGGACACAUUGAGCGAAAAAGAAGGGAACAAAGGCUCUGCGAUACAGUUGAGAGACUGGAGUUCAGUAGAGAAGGCAUCAAGUCCGAUGGUAUUGUUCAAACAAUCUUAUCCAAUUGUCCACGCUUAAAGGCACUGCAUGGAACUGAAGUCACGGUGACAGAAAUUGUAGGUGGUGCAGAAUGGGUUUGCACUGAGCUGACUAACUUGCAUGUCAAUCUUGUGGUUGAUGUUGAUCAAGAGACUACAGAAGGCAAGGAGAAGGGACGCAUUGUGUAUGAACGGAUACGCAAGUUGACCCGAUUAAAUCGUGAUGCCUUUUUGCGGUUUAGUGGCUUUCUGUCUUUUACAGGUUCGAAUCUUGACGAAAGCCAGGCGUAAGAACCCGUGUUUGCCAAUUAUUCAGAUUUGAUGACCAGAAGAUUCAGGAAGUACCAGAACUAAAGUCCAGUCUUGGUGUAUCAAUUCCCUUUGGUAGUUAAUAAAAGCAUACUUCCUAACUGUUGA